UGACCGGGUGGAAAGGAAAUUGACCGAUGGUGGAAGCGGCUGUGUUAGUCUCCCUGAAGCCUGCGCCCUGCUCAUCCAGGCGGGAGUGUCUCUGGGCAGUUGCAUACCACACUGGCAUCCAGAUAGGGCGUGGGCAUUAUCUCUCCCGGCCAGCGGGGAGGAUUAGAUUUCAACCCCUUCUAAUACCGCCCGGCAUGAAGCCCUGUUUCGGAACGCAGCUGUCUGAGUCUUCGUCUGCGGGAAAGCUGAGCCACGAGAAAGGACAAGAAGUUGAAGAAGGAGUCGAGCUGCAGGAAGGGGACGUCACGAAUGCCGAUGAGCAGACAGCAGUGGCUAUUGCUAGUGUCCAGCAAGCAGCCUUCACAGACCACAAUAUCCAGUACCAGUUCCGCACAGAGAACAAUGGAGGACAGGUGACAUACAGAGUGGUCCAGGUGACAGACAGUCAGCUGGAUGGACAGACGGAUGCGACGGGAGCCGUCAGCGUGGUCUCGACAGCAGCCUUCGCCGGGGGCCAGCAGGCUGUCGCUCAGGCUGUGAUCCAGAACCCGUUCAGCAAUGGCGGGAGCCCGGCCGCAGACGCAGUCAGCGGGGAGGCCCGCUUCGCGUAUUUCCCCGCCUCCACGGUGGGGGACGCCACGGCCGUGUCAGUUCAGACCACAGAUCAGUCGCUGGCACAGGCUGGAGGCCAGUUCUACGUGAUGAUGACCCCCCAAGAUGUCUUGCAGACGGGGACGCAACGCACCAUCGCUCCCCGCACCCACCCGUACUCCCCGAAGAUGGAUGGGACGCGGACGCCCCGCGAUGAGAGGCGGCGAGCCCAGCACAACGAAGUGGAGAGGAGGAGGCGGGACAAAAUUAACAACUGGAUUGUCCAGCUAUCAAAAAUCAUUCCAGACUGCAACACUGACAACAGCAAGACGGGCGCGAGCAAAGGGGGUAUCCUGUCCAAGGCCUGCGACUACAUCCGGGAGCUGCGCCAGACCAACCAGCGCAUGCAGGAGACCUUCAAGGAGGCCGAGCGGCUGCAGAUGGACAACGAGCUGCUACGGCAACAGAUCGAGGAGCUGAAGAACGAGAACGCCCUCCUCCGAGCACAGCUCCAGCAGCACGGCAUCGAAACCGUGGGCGACACGCCGGGGCAGUAACUGCUUCUUCACCACCACCACCACCACCACGUCCUCCUCCUCCUCCUCGUCGUCACCGGAUCUCCGCCUUUCCCCCGCCUCCUUCCAUCCCUUCUGCCCUCUGUCUGGUGCAGAGACCUCCCCGCGUUAAUGCCGCGUGGCCAAACUCGACUUGGGGGGGCGCUGGAGUGGCAGCCACACGGCUGGCCCCCGCUUUGCCUGCCCCCUCCUCUGAGCGCCACCGGCCACUGUCUCCCGCCCCAUCUGCCCCCUCCCCCCCCACGUAGGAAAUAUUAAGAUUAAAGCAAACAAACUGCGUUUUUUUAUAGUAGGUUUUUAACAGAGGAUAGCAGCCCUCCCCCAGCCCAGCCAUGGGUUCGAAUCCUCCCCCUUCCGGCUUAAAGUUGUAGCAUCACAGUGGCACUUCCCCGUCUGAUCCUACCAUUCAAGCCGCUGCCCGUGUCUCUCUCAGGCAGGUAGCUACAUGGCUGAAGUCAGCGUUGGAGGGGGGGGGGGGUUCUGUGGCUGCCCCCCCAUUUUGGACACUCAGUGGGGUUUAUUUUUCCUCUGCCGGCAGCAAACCUCUGAAAAAUCACACCCCUUUGAAAAUGUAGCAACUCAGGGGGCAGGAAUGGGGCCAGCCCAGAUCACUAGCCCAGUUCGGCAAGUUCUAGCCAGCCGAUGUGGCUCUGAUUCCAUCGAAUCCCCUUGCGUCUCACCAGCUGGGCAAUUCAGUUAUAACCCAUGUGGCCACCGGACCUUCCAAAGGUGGCUAGCGAGUUGGUAGGUCUUAUUUUAUUUUUUUCCCUGACUGUCAAAUCGCAGCUACCUUUUCCAAGAGGUCUGAUUUCCAGGGGGGGCUUUCCGAAAACCCUCUCAUGGCAUCUCCUGUCAGGCAGCCGGAAAAAGUAGACACACCCAACAUCGCUAGCCAGUUCUCUUCCUAAAACCGUGGCUGUCCCGUGUGUCCGCUCGUCUGAUCUGUCCUUCAUCCCUCUUUUCUCUUGUAAUUAUGUUUUGAACAGAGGGAAGUCGGAGUGAACCGCUAACAGUUUCCCUCUUUUUUUUUUUUUUUUUUUGUAAUUAAUCUGUAUUUUAUUUUUUAGUUCCAAAUGCAUUUGUAUAGAGGUACGUCGUCUGUAUCAUAACUUGAGCCCGGAAAGUUUAAUAUUUACCAAGGUCGACUAAAUGCUUGUUUUCUGUGGAGGGUUUUUUGCAAAUGUAUACCUAUAUAUAAUUUUUUUUUUUUUUUUAAAA